AUGAGUUCUAAAUGGCAUAUCGGUAGGUUUUCUGCAGAGAAUGAUUUUGGAUUACGAAAAGUGAAUAUGCAAGCAUACUUAACUCAAAUGAAGUCUAUUAAAGCAUUGAAGGGUGUGGCAUCAAUACUUUCAAGCCUAAAAGAAGAAGUGAAGAUCGAGAUGGUGGCUAAGAGAAAAAAAUCCAUAGUUGAGCAGUUGGUAAAUUUUCACAAGAUUAUUGAUGAUCUUAGGGAUAUUGAUGUGAAGAUUGAUGAUGAGGACAAGAAUCUACUCUUAUUACGCUUAUUACCCAGAUCAUUUGAGUACUUUAUGGAUACCUUUCUUUAUGGUAAGGAAGGUACUAUUACUUUGAAUGAAGUUCAUACGGCUGUGAGAUCCAAAGAAUUUUCAAACGUGAAAGAUUUGAAGAUUGAAGAUAGUGGUGAAGGCUUAAAAUUAUUAAGAGGCAUGGGUGAUUAUCCCGAAAGGGGGAACAAUGAAGAUUAUAUUCACAUUAUAAUUAUCUCUAAUGAACAUAGUUAUGAGAGUGUCGAUUUAUCGGUGGCGUCGAGUUUGGACACUUAA